CAUUUCUUAGAGGCUGUCGGGACACAGAAAUCUCACCAAUCCACUUCGGCCUCAACAGAUACCCUACAAAUUCCUACACGAUCUUGAGCACGCCAGAGCGCCCCGCGAGCGACCAUGGCGCAGGCAGCCUCGCAGCAGCAGGGCUUCUAUGAGCUGUACAGAGGCACCUCUAUCGGCCUCGCGCUCGCAGACACCCUCGACGACCUCAUCAGUUCUCGGCGAAUCGAGCCGCAGCUUGCCAUGCGCAUCAUGGCCAACUUCGAUCAGCACAUCGCCCAGGUUCUCGGAGACAAGGUCAAGGCCCGCAUGACGUUCAAAGGCCACCUCGACGUUUACCGCUUCUGCGACGAAGUCUGGACUUUUGUAAUCAAGGAUGUCAAGUUCAAAAUGGACAACGCCCUUCAGAUGGACGCGGACAAGGUCAAGAUCGUGGCUUGUCAGUCAAAGGAGAAAGCGGCUUAACCAGGUACCUGACUGUAAGAGAGGAGGAGAAUAGUAAAGAGACCACCUUGGGAUAGGUAUACUGGAGCCGACCAUCGAAUGCAUUGCAAGGGCUGUCCGUCGAAGGGCUGUCGAUUCAGGGGAGACAAUAUCUCCAAGAUCAAGCUAGAGUUCGGAGCACUGGACAGACUAUGAGGUCAGACAGUGCCUCAACAUCGAGCUCUACGCGCAUCUCACAUAACAGGCCAGAGUUGGGUAUGGAGGGGCAGCCCCAAGUCUUACCGCUGGAGCAAUUUGAGGUCUAGAUCACUUCUGUUUGGAGGCUCGUCAAUAGCAGAGGCAAUGAUUCGCUGCGCCUAGAAGGAAGAUGGCCAAUGGCUGAUGCCAUGAGCAUUCCCCCCAGCGGACUGGGCACGAGAUAUGAUAAUGAUAAUGAACUGAACAUC